CGGACACGGGGGCCCACGGGGAAAGAAGGAGGCUAGACAAGAGGCCCCCUCGUGGCCCCGUCAACGAACCCAUGCCCACCGAGCCCAAACUUGCGCCACCGGCCCGGGGUCCCAAACCCUGGCUGGCGGGAUGUGUUCUGCACGUGGCCACCCUGCCGGAUUCCCCUCAGGUCACGGUAGAGUUCCAGGGCCACCCCGUGCAGGCCCUGCUGGACUCAAGAAGUACCAUCACCCUGGUCCGACCCGGCACCCUCCCCAAGACCACAAAGCCAGCGGGGACUAUACCCUUCUCCUGAGGAUGUCCAUCUAUCACCUGCAGACGGAUGGGCUGGUGGAGCGGUUUAACCAGACCCUCAAAAGGAUGCUGCGGCGGGUGGUGGACGAGGAAGGGAGGAACUGGGAUCUCCUCCUCCCCUAUGUCCAGGACAUGCAGGCCAGAAUAGGCCGGGUAGGGCCUAUUGUACAGGAACAUAUGGAGACAGCCCAAAGAGACCAGCAGUGGGUCUACAACAGACCGGCCCAGACCUGGGAGUUACACCCCAGGGACCAGGUGAUCCUCCUAGUCCCCAACACCGCCUGCAAGUUCCUGGCCAAGUGGCAGGGCCCCUACACAGUCCUCAAAUGGGUUGGGCCUGUGAACUACCGCCCCCAACAACCAGGUAAGCGUGCAGACACACAGCUGUACCACAUCAACAUCAUAAAAAGAUGGUUGCCGGCCCAGCCAGUUGUGUCUGCAUUUGCUUCUGCCACCACAGACCCCCAGGAGCGCCCCCUGGUCGGGAGGGGAGAGGAGCUGAAAGCGGCGCUAGCCAGCCGCCCGGUGCUCCGAAACCCUGAUUUCCAGCUCCCCUUCACCCUCCACACCGACGCCUCCGAGACAGGGCUCGGCGCAGUUCUGUCCCAGGUAUUUGAAGGGGAGGAGCACCCGGUCCUCUACACCUCAAGGAAGCUGACCCCGGCUGAGAAAAACUACGCGGCAGUUGAACAAGAAGCCCUGCCAAUCAAAUGGGCCAUUGAGGAACUGCGCUACUACCUGGCAGGGCACCACUUCACCCUGGUCACCAACCACGCACCCCUGCAGUGGAUGGCUAAAGCCAAAGACGCCAAUGCGCGGGUGACUAGGUGGUUCCUCUUGUUGCAGGACUUCUCGUUCCAGGGCCAGCACAGAGCUGGGGGCCAACAUGGGAACGCAGAUGGUCUGUCUCGCGCCCACUCCCUUUGGGCCCGAAGAUCGCCAGGAAAAAGGGGCUCAGAGCUAAGGGGGAGGCCCUGUGAUGGCCCCGCACCCGCUGCCGCACGCACACAGAAAAGAGCCACUCCUUGCCUCCCUCCUUUCCCGGAAAAACACGCACAGCAGCGCUUCAGCACCCUGGACAGCGGCGCCAGUGCAGCGCGGAAGCAGAUCAGCACCACGGCCAAUGCUGCUAAAUUAGAGCACAGGCUGGAGUGGGAGAAAGCACACCAAAAUGCUCUGGGCCAAUCAGAAGUGCCCUUAAACCCUUCACUCUCCAGCAGAGCAACACAGCAGAGAGGUUGGCUCUGUCGGCCACACAAGGUGAGGGGAGCCCCCUACUGGAUUAACAGGUACACUAUGUGUUGUUUCCAGGCAGUUCGGACUGAGAAAAGCCCUGUGUGGAAUCUCUCCUGGAUCUGCACCAGCCUCCUCCUGAUGCCCCCAGGCCUGGCCAGGACCCCGCUGCUGCCCACAGCUUCUUCACUCUGGUUCAGACAAAAAGGAAGGAGGAUACAAAAGAAACAAGAAGGAGUGGAGAAGAAAAACAUGUCUGAUAAGUUGAAGGAAAUGACAAAGAAGAACAGAAGACUUGAGAGACUGUUAGAGGAGGCCAGUGAAAACAAAUCUCAAAGAAAACUGCAACUUGAGAGACUGUUAGAGGAGGCAAAUCAUAUGAACAGGAAAUUAAAGAACAACAUUCAUUCUGUCAUUUGGCUGACCCUGCUGGUUCUGGUUCCACUGGGUAUUGGAUUACACUUUGAUUGUAAAGAACAUGAGGUGAAUCAUCCUGAGCUUCGACUGAUGUUAGUGGGGAAAACUGGAACAGGAAAGAGUGCAUUAGGAAACACCAUCCUGCGUGAAGAGGCCUUCAGAGUCGAGGCGUCUCCUUCAUCUGUGACCACAAACUGUAAUACGAAGGACAAAAUCCUGGAUGGUGAGAACAUCACCAUAAUUGACACUCCUGGUGUCAUGGACACGUGGCUAAUAUCGACCCAAAUGGCCUACAAUGCACAUGAUUGUAUCUCCAUUUUUUCUCACAAACCACAUGUGUUCCUGCUGGUUAUCAGAGCUACUGUAGUUAAGUGCAGGGUUUUUUGGAGUGCUGACCAGUUAGGAGUAAAGUGUUCAUAGAACAGGUGGGCCUUUGUCUGUUUUUUGAAGAUACUGUUUUUUAGGUGAUAGAUAGUGCUGUCUGGACUGAGUAUGGAAGUUUAUUCCACAGUUAGAUUGAAGGUUCUGGACAGGGUUCUCAGGCAUCAAUGAGUACGUAAAAAAAAUUAGAUAGAUGGAUGGAUGGAUGGAUGGAUGGAUACUUUAUUCAUCCCAAAGUGAAAUUCACAGUUUCCAGCAGUAUCACAAACACAGGUAAUAGAUAAAAU